GCUUAUCGAGCUUAGCUUGUGAUACUGAAUCACGUGAAGGUUGCUUAAAGUCCACGGCAGCGCUUGUAUCUGAGGCAUGUAACCUAGAUUACUCUAUGGCUUUAAGUGUGAAAAGAACUGUGUUUUCCUUUUUUUAUUCCUGGACGCUCUGACCCAACUUCAUUUUUGUCCAUUUUGAGACGGAAUUGGAGGAACUUCGGUGUUGACAGUUUUUCCCAGGAGCCGACUGUUUAUGAAAGAAAAGGAAAUUUCCAUUUGCAAGGUCAAUGUUUACUGCUAUUAUACUAGGCAACACGAGGGUUUGAUCUUAUCAGUGGACGGCGAGAGUGAAACAAGAACGUGAUAUUGGAUAUGACAUCUGUAUGUUCUAACAGACCUUCCAAGUGCACAUGGACUAUUCUUUUCAUAUGAUGACAAUAGAAGCGAUUUCAAAUCACUUUCAGACCCAUCCUUGUUACCUGGAUCCGUAGUUGCUACCCCAGGGCCUUACCCAAAUAAACUAUAGCAAUAAAGACAAAAUGUUUUCAUAAUGGCGCUUGCUGUACCACUUCUCUUUUUGCUGGUGGGAUUUUUCACGGUGGUUGAUUCCGAAAAUCACACGGUCUGCAAUGUAGUGUUUGCGGCGUGGAAAGCGGUACCCCUGGCUGUGUGUAGUAAUGCACCACCCCCUCCCGCUGCGUUCUUCAUAGAUCAUGUGACAGGAACACCGAGUUACGGCGGUGGAGUAUGCGUGCGCAGCCACUGGACAAACGCAUCAAACCCUAGUGAUGUGUACGCAUGCGUGUGCACGGGGUACUCACGGACUGGGCAAGACGCAGAAUAUAUCUGGGACAAUAUUCCACCGUGUACCAGAGAAGAGUGUUUUGGUAUCGGCAAGGAUAAUGACACGUGCAAAGAACCCUGUGGAGAGGGGUUGGUAUUUGACGACUACGGAAACUGCGUAGAGACAUGCUCUGCGCGUGCGCCGUAUUUGUACAACAACACGCAAUGCACGAUCAAAUGCCCGAAAAAGAGCUACAUAGAUGACGACGAUGCUCAUAAGUGUUUUCCGUGUCACUCCGAGUGCAAACUGUGCUUUGGUCCAUCUGAGGCUGAGUGCAAAGGGUGCAUGCAUGUGGAAUUUGAAGGAAGAUGCUUACUGAAAUGCCCACCCGAUGCCCUUACAAACGGAAACACGUGUGUCUACAUUUGUCCACACUACAGGCUAGGAAAAAUCUGCGUGGACCAAUGUCCAAUUAACUAUUAUGCCAACGCGACCAAAUAUUGCCUUCCCUGUCAUAUAGAAUGUGAGGGCGGAUGUACCGGACCAGGCAAUGACCAAUGCAAAAGCUGCAAACAUUUACGAGAUGGUUUGACCUGUGUUCAUGUCUGUCCUCACGAACGCUCAGUCGUCUAUAAUAAACAAUGCCUAAAAGAGUGCCCCGGUGUAUGGUACCAGGACCAUUGCCUUGAACAGUGCCCCAAUGCAACUGUAUGGGUAGGAUUCAACCACUCCUGUGUCCACCAGUGUCCCAAAGAAGCAAGCUUUAUCUAUAAUGACACUUGCGUGUCAUCGUGCCCCGUGCUUUCGUUUGGAUCACAUUGUGUAAAUGCGUGUCCUGAGUACGCCAAUCUGAUAUACAAUGGAGCAUGUAUUGCGGUAUGUCCAAGGGACCAUAUCUACGUGAACGAUACGCGCUGUAUUAGAUCAUGUAAUAAGUUACACUACAAGCACCACUGCGUGGACAAAUGCCCUGGGGAGCUCCCAAACUAUCAGGGCGCAUGCGUCUUGCAGUGCCCAACCAAUAACAGUUUAGUUGAUCCAGUGACGAAAGCGUGCACGCACGUGUGCUCUCACUUCAUCUACAAGGACCAAUGUUUAUCUACAUGUCCUAGGCCACUGUAUAAAUUCAAUCAUUCAUGUGUAGUCCAGUGUCCAGAAUCGACCUUCACUUCGGACAACGACACCGAAUGUGUAGAGCAAUGCCCAUUCUUUCACUAUAGGAGGCGCUGCUAUACUGAGUGUCCAGAAGGGCUGUUUCGGGACAACGUCACAUGCACAGACAAGUGCCCGGAUAUCAGGCGAUUCGUCGUGAAUGACACGUGCGCGACGUCAUGUCCGACAAGAAUGGUUAGGGUGCCAAAUACAACUCGGUGUCUCAGCAGCUGUCCUCGAAAUCUUAAAUACAGGGUGAGUGGCAUGUGCCUGUCUUCAUGUCCAGAAAACCGGCCUCUUACCCUCGCUUAUGGAGGCGUGGCUUGUUUCUCGACUUGCCCCUCCCCUUAUCUCCGGAUCGGACAGUCAACAUUGUGUCAGGAUGUCAGCGAGUGCCCAGAAGAUUUCCCGUACAAAACAAUUUCAAGCGCAUGCGUGCAAACGUGUUCCAGCGGCGAAUACCCAAAUAGCAAAACAUACGUGUGCGAGCAGCGACACGUUUUUUCCCUUGUGAUGGAAGUUGUUGGCAUAAUUGCUGUCACUGCGUGGAUUUUGUAUGGUGCAACUAUGGUGGUGGUAAAAACCCGAGCAUACAAAUCGUGUAAAUCUAAAGAUAACAAAAAGGGUCCAGUUAACCCCAACGAACCAAGAGAAGAAAGAAAACGAACGGCGAGGUCACGUGGUGGUUAUUCUGGUCUUCAAAACGAGGCUCCUUUUGUAUAUACCGACGGCGAUAGUGAACAGAUACAAAGCAACGCCGCACACAUUCAGAUGGCAGAUUGAGCCUUUCUUUUGCAUCCUUUCCCUUAAAGAUGCAUAAGAUGUCAAUUGUUGACACAAAAGCCGAUCAAAUGCCAGCAUAUAGUUUCAAAUAGUAUAACUAAGAGAAUUACCAAAAGACAUUGUUUAAUAUUACCAGAAAAAUGAUAUUUGAACGGAUUUUUCAGCUAGCUUUGUAUAAAAAUGGGGCAAAAAGUAGGUCAGAUAAGUAGGUUAAAUUUCUGACCAAUAAUUUAAAGAAAGGAGCAGUUUAAAGCUCUUUAUGGUUGGUUGAGUGAUUUAUUUAGUUUAUCCCUUGGCAUGUCGAAUUUAUUUAAGUCAUUUAAGAAACUAGUAGAAGUGGUUUACUGGUAUACGUGUUACUGGGAAUUCACGCUCUACCGACGCUCGGUUCAUAUGUACCUUUAACUUCUCAGGAAUUUGCAAGAACAGGUUUUAGAACUGUAUGAGCAUUUGUCCUUGGGUUUUCACCACAAUAUUGUUAGAAUCAUGUGGAUUUUCCUUCACUUCAGAAAAGAUCAAAGAAACGGUUUCAAUUUCGUGAGAAAUACGUUAAAACGGAAAAUUGGGAACGAGGGGGCACAGCGUACUAAGUAUCUUAGCAGCGCGAUUUGCUAUCUGAAUACUCGUAUGAUGAAGUGCCAAUAAAAAUUCAAAUGAUCCUUUACUUUAUUAAAAUAUUUAUUCCGAAUAAAUAAAAACUGCAAGUUUUGUCAA